AUGCCCAGGACCCACAGAGCAUUUUUUUCUCUGCUUGUUUUGAACGUGGUCGUUCUGAUCUGUGUUCUGUUGUCACAAGAAAGGUUUGGGAUUGUGAGAAGAGUCACUCCUUCGGAAGGGUUCUUUGAUAAAUCAUCCACAUUGGGAUGGAGACGCUCUGAUGAAGACACUGGCAGUAUUCACUUGACAGAAAAUGGCCUGGACCUUUUCCUGAAGGGAGAUGAUGAACUACCAACCGAUGGUGACGGGAGUAAUGGCGACACAACUUUGGUGGUUGACAACUCCCUGGCAGCUGCUGUUUCAAGGAAGGUCCGGCUUGCCUGCUUCAUCACCACGAGGGAAGUCUACAUGGACACAAAACUGAAGGCCGUCAACGCGACGUGGGGCAGGAGAUGUGACAAGAUUCUGUACGUGAUGACCACCAACAAAACAGGACCCGACAUCCUGGGACUGGACAUUCGUGACCACCAUGACACUCUGACAGAGAAGAUCGUGCAAACCUUCACGCACAUGUACAACACAUAUCUUGAACAAUACGACUGGUUUCUCAAAGCUGACGAUGAUUCGUAUGUGAUCGUUGAAAACCUCAAGUUCUUCCUGGCCCACUUAAAUUCGAGGUUACAGAGUUCCUGGUAG